AUAUUGUUGUGCAACAUAUAAUUCUAGAGAGAGAGAGAGAGAUGGGGAGGGCUCCUUGCUGCGAUAAAGCAAAUGUCAAAAAGGGGCCAUGGUCACCAGAAGAAGAUGCUAAGCUUAAGGAGUUCAUCGAGAAAUAUGGAACUGGUGGGAAUUGGAUUGCUCUUCCUCAAAAAGUUGGUCUAAAGAGAUGUGGGAAGAGCUGCAGGUUGAGGUGGCUUAAUUAUCUCAGACCUAACAUUAAACACGGGGAGUUUUCCGACGAAGAAGAUAGAAUAAUCUGCACCCUUUAUGCAAGCAUUGGAAGCAGGUGGUCAAUCAUAGCUGCACAAUUACCAGGGAGGACUGAUAAUGAUAUCAAGAAUUAUUGGAACACCAAGCUCAAGAAGAAACUAAUGGGAAUGAUUCAACCAAACCAAGGAAGCAACCCAUCAUUUUCAGCCACCCUUCACACCCCACUCCCACAAUCUCAGGCACUACCAAGCCUAUCGCAGUUAUAUAAAGAUUUCAGCUCACUUUACACACCAAUGGACAGAUCUAUCACAGGCCUUGAGUCCAUUUCUUCAAUCCCGCAAAAUUUUCUUUACGGCAAUAAUAGCAAUAUUCCUUUAACUACCAAUUAUCAAUAUUCUUGUUAUGAACAGAAUCAAGAGCGUUUAAUGGAUUUGAAAAGUUAUGCUGUGAAAGAAAACAUGCUCAUAUUCGGAGGCGCUGAAGCAAGUUCUUCUUCUGAUGGAAGCUGCAGUCAGACCAGCCAUGGAAAAGUUGUUAAACAAGAAGAAAUGGGCUUUGUUCAAGGACUUAUGUCAACUAACAGAUUUGAAGAAUAUCAGAAGUUCAUUCUUGAUUAUGGAAAUAUUAAUGGAGAUAACAAUGGAGGCCCAUUCCUCGAUCAAAAGCCAAAUGGGAUUUUAGGGAACAGCGAACUGCAGUAUGACAUUGAGGAAGUUAAGCAACUGAUUAGCACUGGUAAUGGUUUACUCAAUGAUGAAAACAAGACACAAGAGACGGGCAUGUACCAGUACUACUGAAUUGAAUACUGACUAUCAUCAGAAAGAUUUGAAGGGGUAUGGUAUGGUAGGGAUUCAAAGAAAAAAAACUUUCAGAUUCUGGGGUUUAGUGUUUGUGAUGGAAAUUUAAUGAAAAAACUUAUUUUUUCUUGACAGUACAUGGUAAAGUUUUUCUU